UCUUCUAGUUAACACCUUGCAAUUUUGAGCGAUCAUGAUGUUUGUAGUACUUUGGUUGCUCGUUUCAGUAACCCAUCUGUCAGCCCUUGAAGAAUGCCCCAAAUGCGGCAGCAUGAGCGUUCCAUACCCGCUUAGCACAGGUGCCGACUGUGGAAACCCUAAAUACAGAGUCUAUUGCAACAAUGGCAUUUUGGAGUUCUCGUCAGCUGAUGGAUUUAACUAUAGAAUCCUCAGCAUUGACCCUAUGGCUUACAAGCUCACCAUAAAGCCACCCCAUAUAGAGGAAAACUCUUGUCAAUCUUCUGAUCUCUCCUUAGGUGGCUUAAGGCUUGACGAGAACUCUCCUUUCAACAUAUCUUCACACAACACUGUCAUGUUACUGAACUGCUCUGAGAACAUACUGUUUUCGCCGUUGAACUGUUCUUCAAACAGCCUUUGCAGGCAGUUUGAAGAGAAGGCCAGCGAGGGGAGCGCGUGUAAGAAUACCCUCUGUUGCUCUUACUUAAAAGAUUCAUCCAUGAACUCUCAUAGGAUUAGGGUGAGGCUUGGCGGUUGCAGUGCUUAUACUUCUGUGGUCAAUAUGAAGUCAGAAGAUCCAGUUGAGUGGUGGAACUAUGGUGUCGAGCUUCAAUGGCUGCCCCCUAACUGACUGGUUGGGGAGCACCGAGCAGCAGUCACAGUAGCAGAAUAAGUUGCCUUGAUGCUACCAAACAGUUAAAAUGCCUACUGUUUUGUUGUUGUUCUGCGUGUUUGCUUUUGUGGUCUUUGUGUGCAUGCUUUCCUUUUGUUGCCUGCUAUUUUAAGUAAUACUCCAGUUCUGAUUUGAAUAAAUAGUCAUUUUAAAAACGUUUGCUCGUAGUUUCCUGAAAAAGUAAAUGAUAGAUGGCACGUAACAUGCCUUGCAUAUAUAUAGUCUUUAUUUGAGUUUUUGCCAAUUCACAGUCAUGAUAAAAAUAAUUGGAGAGCUAUAACACUAAUGUUUUAGCUCGUGCAGGGAAUACUUAAUUAAAGCGUCUGGGUAAUGAUUGACUAGAAUUUACAGGGCCUCGACUUUUACCUCAAGAAUAUUUUUAACUGG